UUAUUUCGUUUAGUUGCGGCACAAUUGUAGCAUUGUAAAGCCGAUUUUGAUCAUAAAAGAUAAAUACACAAAAAUAAUUGCUCUCUUUUCGAAAAAAAAACAAAAUGCGCUAUUCAAUUAAUUUAAAUAUCAUAAGAUUGUUGUUCUUUUUAAUGACCAGCUUCGUAAUAUUUCUGCUCUUAAGUCAAUGGUUCUAUAUAAGACAAGCGCUGAAGGAAAAAGAAACUGAAAUAAUACAAAACACACCGUUUUGGCAGCGAAAAUCUAACGCCGAACUGAAGGAUUGGCAUGAUAUUUCGGCCAUGACGAGAGAUGCGGAACGGAGUGGAUUGGGCGAACAUGGUAAAGCGGCAUAUUUCACGAAUCUCUCCAAGCAAAAAUUGCAGCGUGAAUUAUUUAAAGAGCAUGGCUUCAAUGCUUUGAUCUCCGAUAAGAUUUCCGUUAAUCGGUCUUUGCCGGAUAUACGCGAUCAGGGCUGCCAAAACCUUCAGUAUUUCGCAGAUUUGCCCACCGCCAGCAUAAUAAUACCAUUCUACAAUGAACACCUCAGCACUUUGCUGCGUUCUCUACACAGUAUCGUAAAUCGCACACCGCCCGAAUUGAUUAAGGAAAUAAUACUCGUGGACGAUUUCAGUGACAUGUCCAAUUUGAAAAAACCACUGGAUGAGUAUGUAAAAUUACAUUUGCCAAAAGUCGAAAUUAUACGUUUCCGUAAACGGCAAGGCCUCAUUGCGGCGCGUAUAGCUGGUGCCGUUAAGGCUGCAGGUGAUGUGCUGGUUUUUAUGGACUCACAUGUGGAGGCCAAUUACAAUUGGUUGCCACCACUGCUGCAUGAAAUAGUGUUGAAUAAGCGCACCGCCGUGUGUCCCAUGAUUGAUGUGAUCGAUGACGGUACUUUCGAGUAUACGGCACAAGAUGAGGGUGCACGUGGCGCGUUCGAUUGGAUACUCGACUAUAAACGACUGCCGUUGCUCGAAAGUGAUCGGAAGAAUCGCACAAAACCCUUCGAGAAUCCCAUUAUGGCGGGUGGUUUAUUUGCGAUAUCAAGAGAAUGGUUUUGGGAGUUGGAUGGCUAUGAUGAUGGCUUAGACAUUUGGGGUGGUGAGCAGUAUGAGUUGAGUUUUAAGAUUUGGAUGUGCGGCGGACGGCUAUUGGACGUGCCAUGUUCGCGUGUCGGUCACAUUUUUCGAAAUGACGAUUGGACUGGUGUGACGAGCGAUCGCGAAGAUGAUUAUUUACAUAAGAAUUAUAAACGCGUUGCCGAGGUGUGGAUGGAUGAUUACAAGUAUUAUCUGUAUAAGCAUACGCACGGUUUAUAUGAAACAAUUAAUGAGGGUGAUUUAACCAAGCAAUUGGCGUUGCGUGAGAAAUUACAUUGCAAGUCAUUCAAGUGGUUUAUCGAAAAUGUCGCCUUUGACUUGGUGAAAUCUUAUCCACCAAGAGGCAUCACCGAUUUCGCCUUUGGUCAGGUGCGUAGUUUGGGCGCGCCUAAACUUUGUCUCGACAGUAUGGGUCCACCCGAUUACAGAGCCAUCGGUGUGGAUGCGUGCGAAACCAUGAGACUAUUCCCCAGUCGGCGACAGGAUUGGUCGCUAAGUGAAAGCCAUGACUUGCGUAUGCGUGGCGAAGAAUAUUGCUUGCAAACCGCCGAGCGAAAACCAAAUUCUCAACUCUUGCUCUACGAUUGCAGUUAUGGCAGUAAAGAUCAACAAUGGUAUUAUAAUCGCCGACAUAAAUGGCUGGUUUACGGUGGGAAGCGACAUUUAUGCCUGGAAGCACGUCCCGAAUUCAAACAAGUUGUUGUCAAUAGAUGUCGCAAACACUAUGCAUUAAUGCAAUGGCAAUUCGCUCAUGUGAAUCACACGCUAUUGGAUGCAUAUUUCGAAACAUUGCCAUAAGGAGGAAAACAUCUCAAUUUUUUAUA